AUGGCUUCAUCACGCCCUCCAAAUCCAGACCAAGUAGCCACCUCACUGCCAGGCCUGACUACCCACAUCACCGGCCACGAUCCGAAAACAGGAAAAGCCAUUGUCCAGGAUUCCCGCCCGGGCAAAUGGAGUCAGUACGACGACAAGUCGAUGGGCUUCAAUGUGAUCUACACCACGUCGCAGUUCCCAGCAGACUUGAACGGCAACAAGGAUAUCAAGACACAUGACGAGGUUACCUCGAGCGGCAAGCUAGGCCUGGUCAACCCCAACGGAACGGUGUGUCGUGUAGUCGACUUUGCCCCAGGUUACGAAUGCAUGAUGCACCGGACACAAAGUCUGGACUAUGGCAUCGUUCUCGAAGGGACCAUCGAGAUGCUGCUGGACAGCGGAGACCGUAGACAGAUGCAGAGGGGAGAUGUCGCUGUUCAGCGAGGAACCAUGCACGCCUGGAAGAAUGUAAGCGAAACAGACUGGGCCAGGAUGAUUUUCGUCCUUCAAGACUGCCAGAAAGUCGAAAUAGGAGGACAAGAACUGAAAGAGGACCUGGGUAGAGGUGCCGAAGGCCUGCCACCAAGUGGAAACGAUGCCUAG